GUCUUGUUUUGCCAACUGUUCAAGUCCUGUCAGUAGCGAAAAUAAUGCAAUUUUCUUAUUGUUUUGUUGAUUUAUACCUAAAACUUUCAACUACAAUCUCUUAAUUGUGAUAUGUGACUUUAUUGACUAACUACCAUAAUGUCGUGGCUUAACUUGAAUCAGAGUUUAAGCAGUUUGAAAGGGCAAAUCACCAAUUUCGCUUCUGAAGUGUUAUCUGAAGCCCCUACUGAAGAUACCGGCACAGCUACUGUUGAAACAGAUCCUAAUGUGAAGGAACUUGAAGCUAAAUGUCGUACACAGGAGCUCGAGAUUGCAGCUCUGAAAAAGGUGAAUGAAGAACUGGAGGCCACAUUGCAAUCUGAGAGGCUCACCAAGAAAAAUGGCGUCCGCGAAGACGAGGCUAAUUGGUAUUGGGAUCCACCGUCCCAAACCGAAACAGCCGCCAAUCAUCACUUCGAAAACCAGUACAAAGUACAAAUACGAGCUUUACAAGAUGAAUUAUCCUCCAUGAGAGAAAGAGAAACUAUAGACCUAAGGCCUGACGUAGAGGAAGAAUUACACAGGCUAAGAGAAGAAAACAGGAAUUUGACAUCAAACUUAGAAGACUUGGAUAACCAACAUCAAGUAGCUAUGGAAAGACUUUUGUCACUCAAAAAAGAAUUACAAAAGAACUUUGAAGUUCUAAGACAAGAACACGAAGAUAUAAAAAAUGCCAAUGAGGAAUACGCUGCUGAAACAAAAAAUUUGCUCCUAAAAUUAGGUGAACGUGACAAAGAGAUUGAAACCCUGAAAGCAGUUAAAUCAGACUAUGACACACUGCACCAUAAAUACCAAAAUUUAGAGAGAAUACAUAGUUUACUUCGAGAAAAUGCAGAGAAAUUUCAAGAAGAGAACCAAGAUUUGCACGAAGAGGUAUUCAAACUACAAGAACAAGUGACCAAAUUAGAACAUGAUUUAGAAAUUUCUAUAAAAAAAUCUGAAUUAUCAAACAUGGUGCCAAAAGAAAAAUAUGAAGAUUUAAUAAAAGAAUUAAAACUUUUGAAAGAUAGAAAAAACUCAAACCACGAGCAUACCGAUGAAGUAAAUAUUGAUGAUAAUGCCAAAAUUGUCAUUGAAAAUCUCAAGCGAGAAAUUAGCGACCUGAAACAUCAGGUGUCACUAAAGGAUACUGAAAAUUAUGAAUUGGAUCAUAAAAUUAUCAAACCCGAAAAGGUCAUGCAACUGUAUAAUAAAUACGUUAAUUUUGAACUUCCUGUUGACUAUGUGGGAGAAAUACCUUCUCGCGGUGAUAAUAUUAUCAUGUAUAAACUAGAAAGUGUUUUCAAAACGGUAAAUUCUUUUAAGAAGAAUAUUGACUCAUUAGAACAUCAGUUAUCGGAAAAAAAUCUUAACGUUAACCAUUUGCAAACCCAAAUUGAUGAUUUGACAACUGAAAACGAUUUCCUUACUACAGAUAUUCAACAUUACGAAAGAGAGCUUUCUGAAAUGAAGAAAAAUAAUGAUUUUCUUAUAUCUGAAAUUGCUACCUUGAAAAACACUUCUAAAUUAGAACCCAUUAUAGAAACUCACGAAGAUAAUUUAGCAAAACUCGAAACUGAAUUGGCAGAUUGUAACAGAAUGAAUAAAACUUUUGAAAGUGAAAUAAAACGAAUAGAAAAUGAGUUGUCUGAAGUAAGAACAGAAAAGAUUCUAUUGCAGGAAAGUUUGAAUGAUCUAAGGAGUAAAUACACUACUAUGCUAACAGAAUUAGAUUUGUGCAAAAAUCAAUCAAAAGAUUUGGAAGAACUAGAACAUACAACUAACACGGAGCAAACAAAAGUACUAAACAUGCAGCUGGAUGAAAUUGACGAACUCAAAAAGCGUUUACACGCAGCUAGUACCAAAAAUGAACAACUUUCCAUAGAUAACCAUAUAAUUGAAAAUGACAAAGUAUUACUUACUAAAGAGGUGGAUGAGCUAAAAAAUGCUUUGAAAGAAAAAUCUAAUGAGCACAAAGAGUUAGAAAUUUUAAAAGUUACACUAGAUCGUAAAUUAGAAGACCUUGAAAAUAAGUUAGAUGAAGUAAUAAAACACAAAAAUGAAAUUGAAGAUGAGAAAUAUAAACUAGAACAAAAUAUACUUGUUUCGCAAAAGUCGCAAAAUUCUAGUUCUCGGGAUAGCGGUGACAAUAGUAAAAUUGUUGCUGAAAAAAACCUUUUACUAGAAACAAGUAAUGAUAUUGCUACAGAACGUUCGAUGUUAUUGAACACGGUAGAGAACCUUAAAUCAGAAUUGGCAAAUUUGAAACAUCAACAAGAACAACUGUCCGCUGAAAAUAUGAACUACAAAAAUAGUAGUUAUGCUAAUAACCAAAGUGACGCUUUAUUACAAGAAACAUUAAAUGAGUUAAAAGCCAAGAAUCUUCAUGAAGAGUUCCUAAACAAUGAGAUUUUAGAAUUGAAAGAAGAAAAUAAAAAGCUCAUGGAAAAAAAUCUACAAAUGGAGGCGGAGCUCUUAAAUACUGAUACUAAAAUUACACAUUUGGAAGAAGAAUUUGAUAAAUUGAUGUCAGAUUUAAAUGAAAAAGAUUCUUUGAUUGAUAAACUGAACUCUACAGUCAAUAAUAAUAACGUAGAAAUGGAAUCGUUAAGUAAGAAUGUCGGAAAUUUAGAAACUUUAGCUAGCGUUAAAAACAAUGAAAUAAAAGAAUUAAAUGUCAAAUUAGAUGCAUUGGAAAAGAAAUUGCAAGAUACUGUUACCAACGCUAAUUCGACAUAUCAAGAGCUGAAAGAUUUACACAGAGAAAAAGAAGAAUUAGCAAAACAAAUAUUAUCAUUAAAUGAUGAAUUAUCGACAAAAAAUAAUCAAAUUUCAAAUCUCACAGCCCGCCUCGAAGAAUUCAGUAAAAACAAUUCUACACAAAUAAUUGCAAUAGAUCAAAAAGAUAAAGAAAUAAAAGAAUUAAAUGAAGCAAUAUCACAGUUAACAGACAAACUAAGAGUCACUGAAAAUAUGACCGCUCAGAAUGAAGAAGACUUGAAACUUUUGCACGAGAAACAAUUACUGGAAAAAGAGGUAUCUGAACUCAAAACGAUUACAGCUACGAAAGAUAAUGAACUAUUAGAAAUAAAAGGUAAACUUGAACACUUAGAAAAUACAUGUGUCGAGUACAAAACACUAAUAGAUAAUACUACAACUGAGAAAACAGAAUUAAUAAAUCUUGUCAAUUUGAAACAUAACGAGAGUCUACAAUAUCAUAAUGAAAUCCAAAGGCUAAAUCAUGUUCUUUUAGAACAAAGUAACGAGUUUAAGAAAGCUUUGGAAGAAAAGGAGAAGACAAGGAAUUCUUCGGAUGGUUGUGAAAAUUGUGAGAGGUUAAGAAUAACCUUGAAAGAAAAAGAUGAGAUUAUAAUGAAUUUAACUCAUAACGCUACUGAAAAUGAAAACCUAAAGGUACAAUUGCUUAAUGCAAACGACUCAGUCAAAGUAUUAACAGAUAAAUGUGAUAAUUUGGAUAAAAGCCUUGCUCUACAAUUGGAGACCGUUAAAAAAUUGACAACAGAAAACGCACAGUUGUCCGAACAAGAACAGAACUCGACAAGAGAGUUGGAGAGAUUAAGGCAUCAUUUAGUGGAGAUGGAGGAAAGUUACACACAGGAACUUAUGACGUCAGAGCAGAAACUCACAGAAUGCCAGACGAGGUUGCAUCAUGUGGAAGAGAGGGCGAAGCAAAGUAGCACCGUAUACACCAGUAAUAGUAUUCGUGCGAACCAAGAAGUGGAAACAUUAAGGAACCAAAUAAAACUAUUGGAGAAGCAGAGAGAAGAUGUCCAAGCGAAGUUGAGCGAAGCAGAAGACGCUAGGAGUAGGAGUGAAGCAGCACUCACAAACUUGCAAGUGGUUUUAGAACAAUUCCAACUAGAUAAAGAACGUGAUAUACAUUCGGCCACGGAAAAGAUACGAAACAAAAUGGAAGACCUAAAAAGAGAGAACCUAAACCUUAUGGAUGAAAUAUCCAGACUUAAUUCUAAACUCGAGGAAGCAAUGGCUGGUUUACAAGCAGCUUCUAGACUAGGCGAUCAAGUUGAAACUAAAACAGCACAAAUUAACGAUUUGAAAGAACAAGUGAGAACGCUACAAGCAUCGGUGACGGCAGCCGAAGAGAGGUAUUACAACGCAAUAUCGAAUCAGCAAGACAAAGUUGAUAAGAAUUUAGUGAAGAAUCUAGUUAUUAACUAUGUGGUUACAUCUGCGAGUAAUAACCAUAACAAAACACAAGUCCUGAGGAUACUCUCGACAGUUCUCGACUUCAACCAGCAAGACUGUGAGAAGCUGGGCUUAGUCCGAUCUGCGAACACCACGGACAGUUUAGCUGCGGAAUUCGUGAAAUUCCUACAGAACGAAUCGAAGCCGCGACCGCAGUUACCCAAUAUGAUGGGGAUUGCACAAAGCAGUAGUCGAAGUACCACGCCUACACAGAGAAAGAACUCUACAGUCGGUCCUCACAACUUUGAGGUAGGCCACCGUAGGAAUCCUUCGACGGGCUCCAAUAAUCUUCUAUUCCAGAACCUGGACUCUGUGGAGACCAGUUCCCAACUAUCCAUGGACUCAGACCAUCAGCCCAGGGUUGUUUCCCAACUAGAUACCGGUGUUAACCAAACUAGGAAUACGGAAAGUGCUAUAUUGAAACACGUUUUAAAGGAUAUGUGAUGGAAAUUUCCACCCUUCGAAAUAGCGAGGGAUACGAAAAGCUAAUAAUGGAAAUUCUUGACUUUUUACGAAGGCAUUUUGUUUUCGAACUAGAUACCGAUGUUAAACUAAUUUCCAGUUUGGUUGACAGAAAGUGUUAUACAGGGUGUAAAAAAACCUAUGACAAAGACUUAAACAACGCAUUCUGUACACCCAAACAAGUCACAUUACAAAGUAUUAAAGGUGGGAAAAAAUUGUGUUUUUAAGUUAAAAAAGUACAUUUUUUUUCCAGUACGCAAGGUAUAGCGCGGCACGCUACUGUGACGCUACGCAAAGAAUGUGCCUGUGUGUAUGUGUGUGCGUGUGUGGAAGUGAGUUGAUAAAAAAGUUUCGAAAUAACGUUUUGAAAAUAUUAAUGUAUAAAUCUUGAAAAAAAAAUUACUUUGACCUUCAUUAGCUCCAUAACUAUAAAUUUCCCUGGUAUGGUCCA